GCAACCCAACAAAAUUCAGGGUAAAUCAUCCCAUCCACUAAUCAGGACCUCUCUCUAUAAUUAGGCCAAAUAAUCCCAUCUCCUAAUCACAGCCUCCCAUCGCCUUUAUCUCUCUUAAACCCAACCCAUCCCAAACCUCAACUACCUUAACCAACCGCCUUAGCCUCCAUUGCCCCAUGCCCUUUUUUUUUUCCCACAAUCCCAGAGUCCAAACAGAAAAUAUAAACAAAAAACAGAAAGGCUGAGAGCUUCUCAAGCCUUCGCUUUAAGCAAUCAAAAUUGGAAAAAAAAAAAAAAAAAAAAAAAAAAAGGGAAAAAGAAAAGAAAAAUCCAAACUCAUUUCUUUCUCUCAAUUUUGUUUCGUUUGGUGGUAUCUGUUUCUUUCUUUGUUUCGGUCUUGGGAGUCCCGAAUUCUGAUCUCUACCCUCAAAUGUGGCGGCCGCGGCGCACCAAAUCAGCGGUCCGGAUUCACGAUACGUCUUCAUCUCCGACCUCGCUCUUCCAUUGCUCUUCUUUCAAGGACGUCCCAGAGCUUUGUACCGACGAGGACGAGCCGGCUCAACCCACCGUCCCAACCACCAAGAAACCAUCAGUUUUCCACCGAGUCCGGCUCGCCAGCUCGCUCAUCCGCGCCUGGUCAACUCGCCCUACCGAACCUCUCGAACCCGAACCCGAGCCCAGUCCCAAUGUAUCAAUCUCGGACCAACCGGACACGCAAUCUGAGCCGUCGAUUCCACUCCCGGGAGCCGAGAAGCGCGUGGUGGUGUACUUCACGAGCUUGCGCGUGGUGAGGCCGACGUUCGAGGACUGCAAGGCCGUCCGAUCUAUUCUGCGCGGGUUUCGCGUCUCGAUCGACGAGCGAGAUCUUUCGAUGGACUCGGGGUUUCUAACCGAGCUGCAGCAGAUCCUGGGUCAAAGCCAGGGCAAGGUGACCUUGCCGAGGGUCUUCAUUGGCGGGAGGUACGUGGGUGGGGCGGAGGAGAUCAAACAGCUCCACGAGAUCGGCGAGCUCAAGAAGCUCGUCGAAGGGCUGCCCCCAGCGGAACCCGGCGUGUGUGACGCGUGCGGCGGGUAUAGGUUUGUCCUCUGCGACGAGUGCCACGGUAGUCACAAGUUGUUCGUGGAGAAGAGCGGGUUCAAGAGCUGCACGGCGUGCAAUGAGAACGGUCUGAUCAGGUGCCCUUCCUGUCUUCUGCGCCUCUCUGAUCCCUCUGAUUAGACAAAGAAAAAUUAACCAAAAGGCCAAAAAAAAAAAAAAAAGCCCUGUCGAGUUCCUUUUUUUUUUUUUUAAUUACUUUGGAUAAUUCAGUUUUGUAGUUUUAUUUUGUUAAAGUUUAAGCUUGUGUGGGAUAUGGAUAUAGAAUGUGCCACACAAGCACCGUUGCUUAAAAGAUAAUAUAUGAGCUAACUUAUUUACUU